AUGGGCUACUGCGAGGACAAAGAGGCGGCAACGCCGGUCUCCUCGCCGCGCAAGUUGCGGGUACCGCAGGGCCUGGGCUGUGGGCCCGCGGGCCCCGGGGAUGGCGUCGGAGCCGCGCUAACUCCGACGCGCGGGGCUCCCGGGCCGGGAGAGGAGCCGCCGGCUCGGCGUCCCCCGACCCAUGAGAGCCCCCACGGCGUCAGGGCCACCGAACACCGGGAUCCCGCCACUUCGGAGCCCCCCACCCGCCGGGACCCCCUCCACCUCAGGGCCCCCGACUCCUGCGACCCCCGGCACUUUGCAGUCCCCGACUCGCCGGAGCCCCUCUCCUCACACCUCGGAGCCUCCGACCGCCCGGCACCCCCUCCACCUCUGGGUCCACCUGGCAGCUCCCGACUCCCUUGCUUCUCAGAUCCCUGUUCUGGGGCCGCAGACGCCCGCCUUCUCUUGGGACCGCCUACUCCCCAGGCCGGGGACUCCCUUUUGCCUCAGGGGCCCCCGUACCUGGACUACAGCCCCCUCAGCCUCGGGGACCCGCGCCUGGGGAUGCUUCCCAGCGGGAGGCUGAGGGGCAGGAGCUGUAUCCCGAGGAAGGAGCGGGGGGUGGGGGGGGCGGCGGCGGCCGCCGGGAGGGCUCCUCCUCACGAGGCCGCAGCGCCGGCCGGCGGACCCCAGACCCCGCGCCUGCGCAGCGGGCCACAGGCAGCCGCUACCAACCCGUGUCUCAGGUUUGGGUAG